UCCGUCUCAAUAUGUCUCAAGAUGGCGGCCAAUGCGGGAUCGAUGUUUCAAUAUUGGAAGUGCUUUGAUUUACAGCAGCUGCAGAGAGAACUGGACAGCACCGCCACAGCCCUGGCCAACAGACAAGAUGAGAGCGAGCAAUCCAGAAAAAAGCUCAUCGACCAGAGCCGUGAGUUCAAGAAGAACACACCAGAGGAUCUGCGAAAGCAGGUAGCUCCGUUGCUAAAGGGCUUCCAAGCAGAGAUCGACGCUGUCAGCAGGCGAAGUAAGGAAUCAGAGGCUGCUUUCCUCAACGUCUACAAGAGGUUAAUCGAUAUCCCAGACCCGGUGUCGGCCCUGGAGGCCGCCCAGCAGCUCCAGCUGAAGGUUCAGAGGAUGCACGACAUUGAGACGGAGAACCAGAAGCUCCGCGAGACGCUGGAGGCCUACACCCAGGAGAUCGCCGAGGUCAAGAACCACGAGGUAACAAUAAAAGCACUUAAGGAGAAGAUCGAGGAGUAUGAAGAGACCCUGAAGAAUCAGGCCAAGGAGCUUGGCCAGGAGGAGAGGAGACAGAGUGAGAAGAAAGAGGAGGAGAAGGGGCAGCUUCGCAACAUCCAUGCAGAGGACCAGAGUGAACACCAGGAGAAGGACGGCUCCGUGUUAAAGCUGGUGGAGGCUGACAGUAAGGCCCAGUCAUUACAGACCGCACUUGAAGCAACUCAGGCAGAGCUUUUGGACCUGAGGAGCAAGUAUGAUGAAGAGUUGACAGCAAAGGCCAAUGAGAUUGAAGUGGUUAUGUCAGACCUGGAGAGAGCCAAUCAGAGAGCAGAAGUAGCGGAGAAGGAGGCAGAGGCCCUUCGAGAGCAGCUUUCAUCUGCCAACAAGUCCCUUCAGUUGGCCACACAGAUCCAGAAGGCCCCUGACAUGGAGCAGGCCCUGGAGGUUCUCUCACGCUCCAGUCUGGAGGUGGAGCUGAGUGCCAAGGAACGGGAGGUGAUGCAACUGGCCGAUGAUGUGCAGAGACUGCAGGCUAGCCUGGCCGACGUCCGAGAGAACUCUGCCUCACAGAUCAGCCAGCUGGAGCAGCAGCUCAGCACCAACGAGAGCUCUCUUAAGCGACUGGAAGGGAAACUGCUGGAGCAGUCAGACUAUGAAGACGUCAAAAAAGAGCUCAGUAUCCUUAAGUCCAUGGAGUUUAGUUCUUCAAACUGCUCUUCAGCACAGGACUGUAAGAAACCCUUGGAGUUGUUGUUGGAGAAGAGUAGAAGCCUGAAGACUGAGAGCUCCUCCCUGCGUCAGAACAACAGUGAGUUGAGUGGUGUGAGGGAGCGGAAGGUUAAGGAGUCAUCAGAGGGGUCACAACGGCUUCCUGCUACGCCCAUGGGUACCAACAUGCAGGGCUCCCCUCCUCCUCCCUCCUCUCAGCACCUCCUGCGCACAUCCUCCGUUGGGUCCUCUGACACUGCGCCCGUCACCGCCGCCAACGGCACGCACCACUUCUCACCCACGGGCGGAGGGCUGGGCGGACAGGACUUCUUCAGCCCCUCCUCGCUGGCGUCGGCGGGCAACACUUACCCCCUGGCAGGCAAAGUGGCUCUCAACUCUCUGCUGCAGCGCCAGCUCAUGCAGACCUUCUACUCCAAAGCCCUGCAGGACUCUGUGUCCGCCUCGGGCCAGGCCCUGCUCUUUUCGCCAGCCCAUUACCCAACCCCUAACUCCCUCUCAGCCAGCCCCCUGCCGCCCCAUCAGUCCCAUCAGCCAUCCACAGGCAGCCCGGACGUAAACGGCCUGGCCCCCUCGCCCAGCCAGUCGGAGGGGACCGGGAGUGUCUCAGAAGGCGAAGACAUGGACACGUCGGAGAUCGCGCGGCAGGUCAAGGAGCAGCUGAUCAAGCACAACAUCGGGCAGAGGAUCUUCGGCCACUACGUGCUGGGGUUGUCCCAGGGCUCGGUCAGUGAGAUCCUGGCCAGGCCCAAGCCCUGGAACAAGCUGACCAUCAGGGGCAAGGAGCCCUUCCACAAGAUGAGGCAGUUCCUGUCAGAUGAGCAGAACAUCCUGGCACUGCGGAGUAUCCAGGGGAGACAGAGAGAGAACCCAGGCCAGAACCUGAACAGAGUGUUUCAGGAGGUUCCGAAGCGAAGAACCGGCUCCGAAGGCUCCUCGAGGCCAGGGAACAUCACGACACGUAUCCGUACUCUGGAGAGUGGCUCCGACGAGGCCAUCAAGUCCAUCCUGGAGCAGGCCAAGAGAGAGCUGCAGGUCCAGAAGGCUGAUGGAGUGGAGGACAGACAGCGACGGCAGGCAGGUUACCCCAGAGGCAUGGGCAACUAUUUCGCAAAAUAUGCACAAAGUCUGAGACUCGUAGAUGCGCCUCAGCCCCCGUGUUCCUCCAGUGGCGGUGGUGUCAGCUCAGGUGGAUCAUCCAGUUCAGACGAGACCAUCCGCUCCAUCCUGGAGCAGGCGAGGAGGGAGAUGGAGGCCCAGCAGGCUGCUCUGGAGCCCAUCCUCAAGGCCUCCUCCAUGGGCCCCUCCGACCUGGCCCUGCUCUCCCCCAAACUCCUGGGCACUCCUACCCUCCCGGCCUCCUUCUCUCCCCUGGCCCUCUCCCUCAAGAAGCCCUCCGUCCCCCCUUCCUCCUCGCCCUCCUCCUUGUUGGACUUUCACUCUACCGUGGUGAAGAAGGAGUCGGGAGAGGUGGCGGUGGGAGAAGGUGGGGGAGGGUCGCUAACGGAGGGCGGGCCCAAGCAGGGGCGGGGCUCCUGGAGGGACCAAUGGUGGAGCAGUAUGCACCCUGGGGGCCGUGGUGUCACGGCUAACCUGAGCGAAGACACGCGGAGUCAGGAGGACAGCAAGGAGAAGCCUCCCCGACUGGGCAGCUCCUCCUCUGCGCUGGCCCCUUUCUCCUCCGUCUCCUCCCUGGACUACUGGAAGGACUGGCCCCGGGCCGAGUCCCCGUACUCCCAGGCUGGCUCUGAGCCCGGUGGGGGCUGCAACACCCAGGGGCCCAGCCGCGCCGACACGCCCCAGAGCAGCCCCUCCCCACUGUCCCUGAGCCUUGGGCCCCUGGGGUCACUAUUGAACCCCGGAGCCAAACAAGCCAAGCCAGUGGUGGCGCCCCUCACACCAGAGCAGUACGAGUUCUACAUGUACCAGGAGGUGGACACGGCCGAGCUCACGCAGCAGGUCAAGGACAAGCUGGCCAAGAACGGCAUCUGCCAGCGCGUCUUUGGCGAGAAGGUGCUCGGCCUGUCUCAGGGCAGCGUGAGUGACAUGUUGUCCAGGCCCAAGCCUUGGAGCAAGCUGACCCAGAAGGGCCGGGAGCCAUUCAUCCGGAUGCAGCUGUGGCUCAAUGGAGAGCUGGGCCAGAACGUCCUGCCUUUACAGGGUCAACCUCAAGAGAACACCCCAAAGACCUCAGCCAGCUGCAGCCCGGCCCCGGAGUCACCCCUGAGUUCUGCUGAAGAGUCUGUGAAGAGCCUGGGGGAUCAGGGCAGUGGAGGGGGGGUCUCCCAGGUCCCCCCCAGAGAGCUCAGUGAGCCCUCUGAGUCCCAACCUGGCACCCCACUGCCCGUACCCGGCCACUCGGGCCUCAGCAUUCAGGAGAUGGUGGCCAUGUCACCGGAGCUGGACACCUACGUGAUCACCAAGAAGGUCAAGGAGGUGCUGACCGACAAUAACCUUGGUCAGCGUCUGUUUGGGGAGACCAUCCUGGGUCUGACCCAGGGCUCAGUGUCUGACCUGCUGGCGAGGCCCAAGCCCUGGCACAAGCUCAGUCUGAAGGGACGCGAGCCCUUUGUCCGCAUGCAGCUCUGGCUUCAGGACCCGCGCAACGUGGAGAAACUCAUGGACAUGAAACGCAUGGAGAAGAAAGCCUACAUGAAGCGGCGCCACAGCUCAGUGAGUGAGAGCCAAACGGUAGACAGCGGCGGCUUGUCGGGUGGAGACUUCAGCCAGGGAGGGAGUCCACAGCACGGUCUCGGCCACCACCUGCACCAGCAGCAGCCCCCCCAGCAGCACCUGAAGAAGCCCCGCGUGGUGCUGGCCCCCGAGGAGAAGGAGGCCUUGAAGAGGGCCUAUCAGCAGAAGCCCUACCCCUCGCCCAAGACCAUCGAGGAGCUGGCCUCGCAGCUCAAUCUCAAGACCAGCACCGUCAUCAACUGGUUCCACAACUACAGGUCUCGUAUCCGACGGGAGCUGUUCAUCGAGGAGAUCCAACGAGGCGAGGGCGGAGAGGGCGGCUCCCCGUCCACCAGGGCAGGCAAGGCCAGCGAGGGGGACAGCUGCGAUGGCACGGAGUCGGACGGCACGGUGGAGAGCACGCGGCCCUCCCAAGAUCCUCACCCGCCCUCCGAGGGGGAGGGGGGCUCCGACCACAGAGACGAGGGAACUACCUCCGCCACCAGCAGCACCGCGGCAGGUACCAGCAGCCACCACAAGGGCGGCGCCCUUGAUAGCCUGUUCAGCUUCCCAGAGAGCGGCCAUGUUUCCUCUGUGGCCACAACUGCCCGCAACCCCCGUGACAGCAGCCUUCGCAAAAAGAAAGCUGCCAACCUCAAUAAUAUCAUCCACCGCCUGGAGAAAGCUGCCAGCAAAGACGAGCCCCAUGAGUGGGAGUUUUAAUAGGGUCCCCCAUGCUCACGCUACCAAGGAGAGAGUUCCUAUUUUUCUAGUGCCCUGACUGCACAGUCCCAAGGCUAAGCUGGGAGCAGUGCUGCCGGAGAACAACUGGCGUCUUUAACGAGUUUUCAUAUCUAAGAGGUUUUAGAGGUUUUUUUUCGGAGAAGUGAAAGAAAGGCAACAACCUGGUUUUGUUUGGAGAUAAAGCACUUAACAGCCCUGCUGGCCACAGGGUCCAAACACCAUGGGCCAAAGGUGCAAAAGAGACGGAAGACUUGCUCUACUCCCAAAGGAGUGUUACAGCACAGGAAGAAAAAUGUCAAAACAAGCAAUUCUGUGUGUUUAUUUGUGUGUGUGUGUGUGUGUGUGUGUGUGUGCUCGCGUGUGUGUUUCCCUUUGAGAGAUUUAUUUGCCACCUCAAAGUUUUCUAACCUUGUUCGCUCAGUGAGUAUUCACAUCUAGCUGACCAACUGUUACAAAUAUUUCCCUUUUUCUCUGUUUUCUAAGAGGUUCCUUCUCGUAACCCCACAGUAGUUUGGCUAUCCUUAAGGAUGGUCAAAAAAUAAGAACAGAAAGAUAAGCGUUCAGAAAAUAAGCGACUGCCUUCCUUUCUGUGCCCCAUAAAUGGCCAUGUGAUGGCUUUGGAACUCUUAAUAUGCUAUGGACUCCAUUGAGAAAGGAAUCAACAUUUUUAUCAAUUAUUUUUCUCCUCUGAGAAAGAAAAAAAUACUUUUUAUAGCGAUUUGGUUGCCACUAAGAGAUUGCACAGUCGAUCGACUCUAAACAAUUCUAGUUUUGAUUCCUAAAUAUUUGGGAAGGAUAUAAUGGGUAUAAAGAGAAGAUUCAAAUGAUCAGUUGAAAAAAUAUGAUCACUUUUUAGUUCCAAAUGUUUCACUGUACAACAUAAAAUGCAAUGGUCAUGUCAGGAAAAAGGAAAAAUCUGAAAAAAUGUUGUUGUGGCUGACUUUUAGUGUUCUUUCUUGUGAGUGACCUAGAAGCUCUUUGAUAAUUAGUGCACAUUUCUUUCAUAGCUUUAACUGACUUUCGGGGAACACCAUUUUGGUAGCACUGGGAGCAUUUGUUUAAUACACUCCAUUUUAGGCAGAAAUCUGGUUUGAGGGGGAAAAAAGUUAAAAAAAAAACUAAAAAGAAGUAAAAAAGUUCACGGGGAAUUUCAGUCUAGAGACAUUUUUAAAUACGAACCCUGCUUUUUAACCUCUUUAACCAGAAAAACCACACUAUUGUGACCUCAGAACCAGGGCAGGCCGUAGAGCCGACGGACACUGCUCUUCACAGGUUGGCCCUCAGACAGGAGGCUUGCGUUUCAUUGGGUGAAAAAGCCAGGAGAUGCACAGCUCACUUUACUGUAUAUUCCAAGCUUCAGGCUCUUCUGCUCUCAACUCUUUACCUAAAGUUGUGUGUGUGUGUGUGUGUGUGUGUGUGUGUGUGUGUGUGUGUGUGUAUAUAUAUGUACAUUGUAAAAACUAAAGACAGACACGAAACACAAGCUCCUGUUGCGUGACGGUUCUCCCAAACGGUGCACUAUGAGGAAAAGAGGGAGUGUCUUGUGUGCUCCUGUGUAGACGAGCUACAGGACCUGGUCAUGGGCACCUCUCACCCUCCUUUAAAACCAUCUGACAUAUAUUCUCCACAGACUGCCAUGCUGUAUUGGCCAAAUGGUCCAAACAGUGCCAAGGCUAAGUAGAGAAAUCUCAAAGUAAUUCUUUACUGAUUUAAUAAGUAAUACCAAAAGUUAUUUCCAAAGUACUGUCAAUGUGACACUCCCAAUCCAAUUUGGUCCUCUCUGUUUCCAAAUGAAGCUGAUUCUCCCAGCAGUCGAAAUGCCCUCUCUUCCUGAAAUGACCAGCAGUAGAAUUGCUUCAUGACUGUUAGGUAGGACCUCCAUUCUCCCCCUGGACCUACAUCCUGGCUCGCUGCAUGUCAAUAUAUCUCAGAGGUUUAGAUCACGUGACACGGGUUGGUGGAUUAGACAGAGACAUUAGUUUUAUACUUAACCCUGAACUCGACACCCCCCCCCCCCCAGACCCCCACCCAAUCACAACCUCCUCCUGAUCUCCUCCUACGCCCCACACUCACAGUGCCUGCCACCCCCCCAACCCCCCCACUCUCCCUGUGUGUCUGAGUGUGAGAUCGCACAUCCACACGAGCACAAGUAGGCGUGUUCAUGUGUGACUUCUGUAUGCACGUAUCAUACGUGGGGGUCGUGAGGGUGUGAGUGAGGACUAGCUGCCGUGCUCUGCCGUACACACCAUUUUGUGUGUGUGUGUGUGUGUGUGUGUGUGUGUGUGUGUGUGUGUGUGCGCGCGCGGGUGUGUCUGUGUGUUUUAUAAAUCUGUGUGGCUUUGAUUUGUACAUACCCGCUCAGAUGUAGAGUGCACAACUGCCACCCUUUCUUUGUUCUAAUGUUUUGUAAAUGACUUGGCUUCUGGCAUAGCAGACUUACAGGAGGUCCCUUUAUGGCCAUAUAUUAAAGACACAGUAGAUCACUCCAACAUAUACAUUAUUAUUUUUGCUUAUUUAUAGGUGCUGUAUUAUACAAUUGUAUGUCUAAUUUGAUUUCUGUUUUCUAUUAUUAUUAUUAUUAUUAUUAUUAUUAAUUUUAUUAUUAUUGUUAUUGUAUGGAAGGGACUAUAAGGGGUUCUUUUUUUUUUUUUAGACUGAUAGACUGCCGGCAGUAUUGGGUUAUAGGUACAAGAUGUAGUUGUCAUACAUGUAUAUUAGUGAUAUUUGAAGACGUUUUGACUGUCAUUGAUAUGGUUUGAACUGAAAUAACAGAACAACCACAUGACAUUGUCUAUAGCAUUAUGGUGCAUUCUCCGUUCAUCGUUUGAUGUGUCUGCAUUUUUAAUUUCCUCUUCUUUUUAUUUUUUCCUUGUAUGCAUUUUCCAUACAAGAACAUUGGAAAUCAGGUGGACUUCUAUUCUGUGUUGUAUGUUUUCCGUGUACCACUGAAACCAGAACAGGACAGUAUUUGUGUUGGUUCUCCAGAACAUUUGGCAUCACCUCAGAAUCUGACAUUUACUUUAAACAUUUCCCCUGCUAUAUUCAAGAUGAAAAUUAGUAGUAAUAGCAAGAUAAGUAUAUAUGGACUUUAAUCUAGCAAGACUUUGGAAUUUCCUGUUUAUUGGCCAUGUUUGUAGGACCAGGAGAUUUUGGGUCUUUACCAUCCAACCAACAUGUGGCUCUGCACAAGGCUAUGGAUCAUAAACUGUCAACUGAGAUGCACUCGAUGAAAUCGAAAACGUACUCAAUUUAAUGCUCUUAGUACUAUGCACAUCAAUAUUCAGACGAUUAUUUCAUUGAAUCUGUUAUUUACAAAAUAUAUGUUUAUUUUCUCCACACCAACUGAUCAAAUGACCUGUCUAUAUGUCCUGUAACAUUUACACAGAUCUGUGUGUGAAGCACAAGUACUACUGACCGAAAACCUUUUCAGAAGGGGAAGCCAACAAAAGCAUCACAAUUUACCCUAAAAGUGUGAUUGCAUGCUCUUAAAGAUGUUUCUGUGCCGCUGCGGCUUUACAAUAAGCUUAGUCUUUAAUGACUUCACAUAAUGAAGUUGUAAUGAGAUUAAUUUUGCAACUUUUCAAAUUGCGUGCAUUUGGAGCACAAUACAUUGGACUUAAUGUACGGCUGUCUGAUUCCCGCCUCAUACCCUGCCCCUCCGACAGCAAAGCUGCUGGUGAUUGGAUCACCUCCGGAGGGCAGUGAAGUUAGCACACUGUUCAAACGCCCUGCAUCCUGCCCGGUUCCAAACCACGCCUCCCUCAAGUGCCACACUGCCGGUCUGGGCCAAGCCACAGCAGUCCCUGUCAGCUGGUCAAGCUUUUCUACUCCACUUCCUCUGAGAGACAUUGGCGACUGAACAAAAAUAGUUCAAGAGUGUUUUUCUCGUUUUGAUAAUAGCACAAGCGCUGCAGCAUGUAAUGGUCUUUCCAUAUAAUAGCUUUUGACAAGUUUAAAUUAAUUGUACCCUAAAACAUUACCUAAAACAUGACCUUUCAAAAAAGGCAUUGAUAUAUUAGCACUAUUAAUUAAAGAGACAUCUUAGCACUUAGCGGUCUGUGAGUCUUUUCCUCCAGACUACUUUAAGUUCAUGAGAGUGCCUUUGCCUUUAAGUGAUCCAGGCCCGAGUGUUUGUUUUAAGGAUUACUCAUAAAUGAAUGCAGUAAAGCUGACUCAGUCUAUUGAACUGAAGUCUUGCACCCAUCCCAUUGUCAUUCUUAUAAGCAUUUUCAUCUCUGCUUUCCAAGUCUUGUGCAGGCACUACAUGGAAACAAUAAAUCAUUUUGAUCGGUCUCCUACAUGCUGUUGACGUCUGGAGUUGUUUUGUCUGGAAAUGGUCCCCUGCUGUUAAUCAAAGGAAUGGCAGUUGUGGGACUGUCUGCAGUCCUGGGCUGGCUCCUCCAGAGGUGAUGCCAAUGCAGACUGUUGAAGGCCACAGAUUAAUAGAAGGUACUCAGUCAGAAACCUGGUCAGGUAAUAGAGGCACUGGAGUUGUUGCUCACUUAACCUAGGCCUAAAAAACACCAGCCGUGUUAUUCAAUGGAGGUUCCUUUGGAGGGAGUAUUGUUGACAUACAUUGGACAAUUAAUGCUAAAAGCAUAAAAAGUGGUAAUAUGUAUUGUGUGUAUGUGUUGCAAAGCAACAGUCCAUUUGAAGCUUUACUUGCUUGCUUUGUUAUUUUAGUAUUGUAAUGUCCACAUCAUUCAGUAUUUCAGAAUAUUGGAAAUUAGAAACAUGGAUAGAAUAUGAAGUUCUGAUUUGAUAACGUUAUGAUUCAAUUGUUAAAUAUAAUUCUGUACAGACAUUUUAAAGUCAGGUCUCUGCUCAUUUUGAAGUUAGGAUUAAUAUUUUGCAGUGAAAUUGGCAUAACUGGAAAUGUAACCAAUUUCUGUUUUGCUAAAUGAUUAAAAUGUAAAUAAAUCCUACUCAAAAACAAAAAGUUGAUUCAGUUACAACCAAAAUGCUCAUAAUAUGCUAACAAUGUUUUUAUCAUAAAAUAUAUUCUAUUAAUAUUACAGAGAAAGCAGCAAAGCUUCCUUUGACACCAACUGUUGCUUUGUAGAACCUACAGAUGAAACAUUAUAGAGUCUUAAAUGAGGCAUGGGUAAUGCCAAAAUGUCAUAAACAUGCUGACUUUGAUCAAUUCCAAUUGUGCUUUGAGAUACACAUCAUAUAAAUGUCUGUCAUCCUUCCUCUAAAGGACUGUUCUUUGGUGUAAAUUGCAUGAAAAUCAAACAUUAUGUCUGGAUUUUGUAAGAAUCACUAGUGAAAGGGAUUUGAUCAAUGGUAUGUGAUGGCCCCAAAGGGAUUUCAGUUUGAUACUAUUACUAACAUGUCAAGAUGUGCUGUCAUUAUAACUGUUGUCAGCUAUUGUGUGGAUAGUGCAGGCGAUAUUAGUAAUAGCUGACAGGCAGUGCUUUUGACUGGUAGCUGAUUUUGUGUGGAUUUGUUUCCUUUAUCUACUUCUCAUUUGACGCUAACGGAUGAUUUUAACAGAAGUUCACUCACUGUCUCCUCAUAUCUUGUUCUGCUGUCAGCUAUUUUGGAAACAUUGCAUGUGUUAUUUGCCCUUAAGCCCAGAGGGAAUGUUUUUAAUCAACCAUAAUUAACUUUCUUCUUAUCUGAUUUUUUUUUUUCAUUGUAUGGAGGGUUGUGUACUCUUACCUAAUGGAAGUCAUUCUGGUUGUAGUAGAAACCAAAGUGGUUAAAUGAGUUUUAAAAAAACUUCCCUAUUUUGAAACUGAACUUCAUUGGUUGUUGUUGAUGUAUGCCACACCUCUUUCUUCAUGCUAUAGAUUACGUUCACAUGCAUGACAUUGCUUUGCCAGACUCUACUAAUCGGGGAUUGCAUCUGCAGUAUUCAAGGACAGGAUGCGCCUUGUGACCACAGUCAUAGAAAUAAUGCUAAACUGAAUAACACAGAACAUAGACAAAGACAGAUAUCACACACCAGUACAUGAGCAAUACAACUUAAAAAUAAGGACCAAAUCUGUCUUGACUACUUGUCUUUGACUGUUUUCCAUGUUCAUCCAGAGAUCCUAAAGAACAGACUACACAGAGGUCCAUCUUUUUUUUUCUUUUUUUUUUUGCUCCUGUUUUUGUGUGUUUCUGUCAUUGACAAGGAAAUGUUUUCUUUAAGUGUGGGUCUGUUUUGUAGAUAUGGAGUUGUGUUUAGCUUUCUGAAUGCACGGGUAAGAUUCUGAUUAUCAUGAAGAAUUAGGGGAGGGGAUUUUACAGUGGAACCCUGGAGGAAGCAUCCAAAUCAACACUGGUUUAUACAAAGGGCAUUUUGCAUGUGUUCGUGCUUUUCAUGUGCUACAGUUCCCUUCUGUGUUUUCAUAUUCGUUUUCAGUUUUUAAGAAAAACACAGGUUGUUCCAUUUAAGUCCUACGUUAAGCAGUGUACAAUUUGUUGCAGAAUCUAUACAAUUAUUUUGGACGAAUUUCAGGAAUUUGCCCUUUGCAAAUAUUUUUCUAUAGAACUAAAGCAGAUUGCUAUCAAUAUUAUAUACACUGUCAUAUAAAAUUGUACAGAUGAAAUAUAUCCUUAUAGAAAGUUAAGCAUUACCAUGAGUUUGAUUUUGUUAUUACUGUCAAAGUUUUUGUAGUUCUCGCUCUCUGUAGGGUUGAUGUGUUUAUAGCUGUUUUAUUCUUCCAUAUCAGGACUACAAAAACCUCCCUCUUCUGUGAGAUGGACUAUAACGAUCAUUGCAGAUGUUUCACCAUUAGCUAGUGUUAAGGUGUUAGUCUUUCAUGGAUUCACAUUUCUCUUUAAAACCUUUAUUCAUUUCCUAUCCUUAACGUAAUCUGUGAGACAAACGUUAGCCCAGUACAACACAGAGACCAUUGUGUUGAUUGUUAUAAAAGCAUUAUAGAACCAUAUCAUGUCACAUCACCAGCCCCAAAUUUAAGCUGGUUGUGAUUUCGGCCGCUUAAGUCCUGCCUUGUAGGCUCUCCAUAUUCUUAUGUCAGGAGCCACUGGUUUUGACAAGGUUUUUUAAAGUGUUUGCCAAAAUCACAAUGAAAUCUGAUUUGCCUUCCCAAGAGUUUUUUUUUUAACAUGUUUUUCAAUGUUUUCCUAUUCAAUUGAAUGUGUCUAGAACACAGCUGUGGACAGUAGGCCUAUUGUGUUUGGUUGGAAGUGUCAGAUGUGGACAUGGUAAUAGUUGGGAUGACAUUGACAUUUGAAAUAGAAACUAUGAAAAUGAUCAAUGUGAGCAGUAAUGAUAUCCACUCUGAAUUUGGUUGAUGUGUGGUCAUAUAUACUAGUCUAUGCAUUUCAAAUUGCCCAAUGCUGAUUUACAUUUUGCAUCCAACACAGUGAGUGGCAAAUAGGUUACGAUCAAUAUAUGUUCAUGUUUACAUCGAUUAAUUGCUGGUUGUGUUACAGUAGUACAGUGUUUGUCUAUUGUCAACCAAUUCCAAAUGGACAAUUCAUUUAAUCUAACCUAACAUCCGUUAAAGCUGUGUUUUUAGAGCUUUAGUGAAGAAAGCAUGAUAGAACUACAUCACCCACAGUCUCCUUCUUCAAUUUAGCACUGCUCCAUUGGCCUCAAAUGACUAGGAUUUUGGAAAUGGACAAAUCUCUGCUAAACUGCUGAAUUCAAAUUAGUUUUGUUUUCUCUUUUCCAGUUAACAUUUGUUAGGCUAUAUGCUAUAUCUCUCUAAGAUCAUGGUUUUCAGCUUGUCAUAUUAUCACAUUCUUAUUUGCUAAUUGUGAAAGAUCAAAGCUAGCUAGAAUACUCAGAGGUGGUUAUGGCUCCUCCCCUUUCCUACUAUCCUACCGGGUUUAGAAACAACCUUUAGAGUUCUAUUUUUCAACUGAUGAUUUUGAAACUGGGACAUCACAAAUGAGGAGGGGUGUGCGUGCGUUUGCGUGUGUGUGUCUGUCUGUCUGUCUGUGUUAUGGAUGCCAAUUUGGCCCUUUGUCUUCUCCUUCAAAGUUCCAGAGGUCUCCAACUUUUGUGUAUUUGGUCAUGCAGCCAUCUCUCAUCAGUUGAACCACUGUAAUGUCCAGUCACUUUCUUGGUAGGCUUUCAGUUUAGUGUAUAUACAUAUCUGCAUACACAGGUCACAUUGGUCAAAUUAAUGUCCUUUAAUAGCAGAUCUUGAACACCUGUUACAAUAUACACUGCAGAUUUUUGGUAAUAAUUUAGAGUAACAUGUUGUUGUGUUUUUUAUUUACUUUUGCAUUGUAAAUGGUUUGAAGAAGAUUGCAAUGUUAUCUCAAAUAAUAUUUGACUAUUUCACCACUGCUGUAAAGGCCUUUUAAUCCUUUGAAUGAAAGGUAAUUUUUUUUAACACUCAUUUUGGCCAACUCCAUUAGUUAUGACAGAUAUGGCUUCCAUAUAAAUUUGUUUUUGUGCUAUUUAAUUUCUUGUGAUUUAAUCUUUACUAAACUUCACAUUGAAGUUGAUUACCCUAAUGUUACAAAUGGAAAAAAAAUAUCUUCAACCAAAAGUGUAUUUCUCAAAGACUUGGCACUUGCGGCCGAAGAUUGGCGCAAUUCGCUUUUCCUCUAACACUUCACUUAGAAAUUUAAACUUGACUUGGGGCAAAAAUGGUAGGCAUUCAUAUGACGUUGUGUGUGUGCAGUAUGUGUGUGUGGAGUGUUGAGCAGCUCCUAUGCAGUGAAGGGCUGCAGUUUUGUUAUUCCUAUUCCUUUUAGUUUGUGUCCCAUUUUUUACUGACUGCUUUUGAAGUGAGGAACCCUCCCACCAUCUCAGCUGGUCUAGUUGCGUCUCUCAAAGCUCAGGUGGAAACUACUUUUAGCGGAGUCAUUGUGUCACUAUCACUGACAGCAACAGUCAUCCUCCUCUUCAUCGCCAGUCCAGGGAGAGGUGUAGCUAGUUGCUGUCGGUUAAUCUAUUUUUCUAGGCCUCAUGAUCAUCGACAAUGAGAGGUUAACACCUUCACAGAAAAAAAAAAAACCUCUUCCUGUUAGUUAUCUUGUCUGUUUUGUUGAUCUGGUUCCUUUUUAUUUGGUCAUUUAAUUCAUGUAGUCUGUUCUCAGCACUGUAAGACAGUCCCUAUACAAUAUGGAGAAGCAAUAUCACUGUAUGAAACUCACUAUGUAUUAUUAUUCACUAGCACCCUAGGUGUAAUAAUUGAAGUAAAUAUCUUUUAUACAAACACAA